GCACUAAUCAAAGUGUUUUACAUUCACCUAUAUAAAAGAUUCUAGUGCUUCUUAUAAACGCGUACGAAAAAGUAAAGGUCAAAAACAUACUUACACAUCCAACCGGCGAAAAAAUGUCAUCUAGGCAAGGUGGUAAGCAAAAACCUCUCAAGGCACCUAAGAAGCCGAAAACUGAAAUGACGGAGGACGAUAUCGAGUUUAAGAAAAAGCAGCGUGAGCUGGAAAAGGCUCAGAAGGAAGCCAUCAGUAAGAUGAAGAAGUGAUCGUGUAAAUUUAAUAAUAAUGACGGCAAGGGCUAACUGAACGAAUGGGUGUCAAAUAAUCGUUUAUUUUUGACGUUAUGUUGUUUCUUUAAAUAGGGUAAAGUCGCUUCCCUUGCUCCUUCGUCCCUGAACAUAGAAUUCCUUUAA